UUCCUUGCAAGAGAGAGGACUUGCUCACCCUGCCCCCAAUUUAAACAAGGGAAAGAGAAGCAGCAGUGUAUUUGCUUGGCUUUCCGUAGCCUGCACGUAGAUUGAUUCAUCUUUUCCCAGUAAAAGGAAAGAGGAGAAGAGGACUCCUAUAUUCCCCAAACCUCAUUGAGCAAGUUGAUUAUUUUUCCUGAGAGACUCUGCAGUGGAAAGAAGAGGGCAGCAGUAGCAGUGGGGUUUGUGCAUUAAGUGCCUCCUCCCCCAGGAAAGGAAUUUGAGAGGAGGGGAUGAGUGGAAACAGUCCUUAUGCAGGAGAGAAAAGGCUGGAGUGUUUUCAUGGAUGUAGUGCAGUGAUGCUGACAAAAGGAACAGCAGCUUCAAAACAAUGCCAAUGAAUGAGUAGAAGAAUCACUUGCGGUUACCCAUUUCAGUAUGGAGGUAUUGAAGCACACAUCCAUCAAUUUGCCAAGAUGCUUUGGAACUAUAUGUACUGAAAUUAUCGACCUCUUUCUGGGCAUGUGUGGAAAAAUGACUGCUUGUUAAAAUGGAUGGACUGAGGCUCCUAAGAAGUCGGAAUUGAUUGAACGAAACUGGUUCUUAGACAAAUAGCAUCAGUAGGCCAUUUACUACUACAUUAAAUGAUCACAACUGGGAUCUCAUGCAACCUUUGUAUUUUCUGGAGAACCUUCUCCAGAAGAGUGUUAUAAAUUUUAAAGGCAGAGAUGACUGCGUUUUCUUUUGGAGCUUAUUAAGGAUAAAUACGUUUUCCAAUAAUGACCAGCUUGAAGCGGUCCCAGACUGAAAGGGCUGUUGCCACGGGAGUAUCAGAUGGAACUCCUAAAGUUCACUCAGAUGACUUUUACAUGAGACGCUUUAGGUCACAGAAUGGUAGUUUGGGAUCUUCAGUGAUGGCUCCAGUAGGCCCUGCACGUAGUGAAGGGUCUCAUCAUCUUACUUCUACUCCUGGAGUUCCUAAAAUGGGAGUUAGAGCAAGGAUUGCAGACUGGCCUCCAAGGAAGGAAAACAUCAAAGAAAACAAUAGAUCAAGUCAAGAUAUGGAUACAUCAAGCUGCCUUGAUAGCAUGUCUUCAAAAAGUAGUCCUGGGAGUCAGGGAAGCUCCAUUAAUUUGAAUGCCAGUGACUCUGCCAUGUUGAAAAGUAUCCAGAACACACUUAAAAACAAAACAAGACAAUCUGAUAACCUAGAUUCUAGGUUUCUUACACCUGAUGGUUACCACAGCUCCCCAAGGAAAGCUCUUCGUAGAAUAAGACAGCGUAGUAAUAGUGAUAUCACCUUAAGUGAGCUUGACGUUGAUAGCUUUGAUGAAUGUAUCUCACCCAGUUAUAAAUCUGGACCAUCACUGCACAGAGAAUAUGGCAGCACCUCAUCAAUAGAUAAGCAGGGUACUUCGGGUGACAGCUUUUUUGACCUAUUAAAAGAUUAUAAAGAUGAAAAAUCUGACCAGAGGAUCCUAGGCAGCAGCAAAUUCAGUGAAAUCCUUAUAGCAAGUGGAAGUAAGGGUUCGGGGUUUUCCUUAGAUGUGAUUGAUGGACCUAUUACUCAGAGGGAGAACCUCCGAUUAUUUAAAGAAAGGGAGAAACCACUGAAAAGGCGUUCAAAAUCAGAAACUGGAGAUUCUUCCAUUUUUCGAAAGCUCCGUAAUGCCAAAGCUGAAGGGGAACUCGGGAAAUCUUCUGACCUUGAGGAUGGAAGAUCAGAAGAUAGCAUCAAGCCUUGGAUUUGCCCAAAGUGUUUUGCCCAUUAUGAUGUACAAAGUAUAUUAUUUGAUUUAAAUGAGGUGGCAGUUAACAGGCACAAUGUUAUUAAACGAAGGAAUACAACAACCGGAGCUUCUGCUGCUGCAGUUGCAUCCUUAGCUUCUGGACCAUUAUCCCAUUCUGCAAGUUUUAAUUCACCAAUGGGCAGCACAGAAGACCUGAAUUCCAAAGGGAGUCUCAAUAUGGACCAGGGAGAUGAUAAAAGUAAUGAUCUUGUGAUGAGUUGUCCCUAUUUUCGUAAUGAAAUUGGUGGAGAAGGAGAAAGGAAGAUCAGCCUCACCAAAUCUAACUCUGGAUCCUUCAGUGGCUGCGAAAGUGCCUCUUUUGAGUCUACUCUUAGCUCUCAUUGCACAAAUGCUGGGGUCGCUGUACUUGAAAUACCGAAGGAAAAUCUGAUGUUACACUUGGACAGAGGGAAAAGAUACAUUGUUGAACAUGUGGAUCUUGGUGCAUAUUAUUUUCGGAAAUUCUUUUAUCAAAAAGAACACUGGAACUACUUUGGGGCAGAUGAAAACCUUGGUCCUGUAGCUGUGAGUAUUAGAAGGGAAAAACCUGAAGAAAUAAAAGAAAAUGGUUCUCAGUACAACUAUCGCAUCAUUUUCAGAACUAGUGAGCUUACAACAUUAAGAGGUUCUGUCUUAGAAGAUGCAAUACCAUCCACUGCAAAGCACUGCACAGCCAGAGGAUUACCUUUGAAAGAAGUGCUUGAACAUGUGGUCCCUGAACUAAACAUACAUUGCCUUAGGCUGGCCUUCAACACUCCUAAAGUCACAGAACAACUAAUGAAAUUAGAUGAGCAAGGGCUAAGCUAUCAACUUAAAGUGGGGAUCAUGUACUGCAAGUCUGGACAAAGUACAGAAGAGGAAAUGUAUAAUAAUGAAUCGGCAGGCCCUGCCUUUGAAGAGUUUCUUCAGUUACUGGGAGAACGGGUUCGGCUCAAGGGAUUUGAAAAGUACCGUGCCCAGCUAGACACAAAAACCGAUUCAACUGGAACUCAUUCUCUUUAUACAACCUACAAGGACUAUGAAAUCAUGUUCCAUGUUUCCACCAUGCUGCCAUACACACCUAACAACAAGCAACAGCUGUUAAGAAAACGACAUAUUGGAAAUGAUAUUGUGACCAUUGUUUUCCAAGAACCUGGAGCAGAACCAUUCAGCCCAAAGAAUAUUCGUUCUCAUUUUCAGCACGUCUUUGUUAUUGUUCGAGUGCACAAUCCUUGCACUGAUAAUGUCUGUUACAGCGUUGCUGUUACAAGAUCCAGAGAUGUACCGUCUUUUGGACCACCGAUACCUAAAGGCAUUACGUUCCCCAAAUCAAAUGUAUUCAGGGACUUUUUAUUAGCCAAAGUGAUCAAUGCUGAGAGUGCAGCCCAUAAAUCAGAGAAGUUCCGUGCCAUGGCCACCCGAACCCGUCAGGAAUACUUGAAAGAUUUAGCAGAAAAGAAUGUCACAAAUACACCAAUUGAUCCCUCUGGCAAAUUUCCUUUCAUCUCACUGGCCUCUAAGAAGAAGGAAAAGUCCAAGCCUCCUCCAGGAGUAGAACUCCACAGUUCUGGUGCCGUUGUUUGGAGUCUCCAUGCUAAAGACUAUAGCAAGGGCAUGGAUAUAGAUGCUCUCCUUGGCAUUUCUAAUGAAUUUGUUGUUAUCAUUGACCAAGAUACAAAGAGCGUUGUGUUCAAUUGUUCCUGCAGAGAUGUAAUAGGCUGGACAUCAACAAACUCAAGUGUCAAAAUCUUCUAUGAAAGGGGUGAAUGUGUUUUUGUGGAAAGUUUCAAAAACCAUGAAGAUAUCAAAGAGAUUGUCAAAAGGCUAGAGCUUGUGACAAAGGGCUGCGAGUCUGUGGAAAUGACCUUACGUCGAAAUGGAUUAGGCCAACUUGGUUUCCAUGUGAACUAUGAAGGCAUUGUAGCUGAUGUUGAACCCUAUGGCUACGCAUGGCAGGCUGGAUUACGGCAAGGGAGCAGAUUAGUGGAAAUUUGCACAGUGGCUGUAGCUACUCUAAGUCAUGAGCAAAUGAUAGAUCUCUUACGAACUUCUGUUACUGUGAAGGUUGUCAUUAUUCCGCCUCAUGAAGAUUGUACCCCACGAAGAAGUUUUUCAGAAACUCAUCGCCUCCCAGUGAUGGAAUACAAAAUGAAUGAUGGUGGACUUCCAUAUGAGCUCAAGUUCCCUUUCAGAAAUAACAACAAAUGGCAGCGAAAUGCUAAUAAGGGACAGGGGUCACAUGGACAACAAAUGCCAUCACAGAUGCAAAGUCCAGUUCCCACAAGGAUUGCCUCGGGGAAAGGUGAAGGGAAAAUGUCUCUUCCAGAACGGACAGCCAACAUUCCACGCAGUAUUUCUAGCGAUGGGCGUCCUCUGGAGAGUAGAAGAUUAUCUCCUGGGUCUGAUGUCUACGUCACCGUCUCAUCAAUUGCCUUAGCAAGAUCACAACAGUGCCGUAAUUCCCCCAGCAACUUGUCAUGCUCCAGCGAAACUGGGUCUGGUGGAGGCACCUAUAGGCAAAAAUCUAUGCCUGAAGGGUUUGGAAUGAGUCGAAGAUCCCCUGCCUCCAUUGACAGACAGAACACGGAUACCAGUGGAAGCGGCAAAUCUACUCCAAGUUGGCAGAGAAGUGAAGACAGUAUUCUUGACCAAAUGGAACCAACUUGCCAUCUCCCUGCAAUGUCAAAGGUGCUGCCAUCCUUCAGAGAGAGCCCCACUGGAAGAUUGAUGAGGCAGGAUCCAGUAGUUCACUUGUCUCCAAAUAAGCAGGGCCAUUCUGAUAGCCACUACUCCAGCCAUUCAAGCAGUAAUACACUGUCCAGCAAUGCAUCUAGCAUCCAUAGUGAUGAGAAGUGGUAUGAGAGCGGAGACAGGACAGAGUCAGAGAUGAAUAGCUAUAAUUAUCUUCAAGGCACGUCUGCUGACAGUGGCAUCGAUACCACCUCCUAUGGACCCAACCAUGGAUGUACAGUCUCCUUGGGCAACUCAGCAACAUCUCCCCGAUCAGGACUUAUGAAAGAGAAAGUGUCCCCAUUGUGGCACAGUUCCAGUGAAGUAGUCUGCCUUGCAGACCGGACUUUAGAAAAAGAGAGUCACAUGAUGGACAGAAAGACAGAAUCUUCAUUAAGCUUGGACAUUCAUAGCAAAAGUCAACCAGCUUCUAACCCUUUAACAAGAGAGAACAGUGCUUAUAGCCUUAGCGAUGCUGUUUCCCAUGCAAGUACCAUGGGUUCCCGACACUCUGCCAGCCCCGUUAUUUUCACCAGUGCCAGAAGUUCACCUAAAGAAGAGCUUCACUCUGCCACUUCUCCACAGCUUGCACCACCUUUCCCCUCCUCCUCUUCCUCCUCUUCCGGCCCUAGGACUUUCUAUCCACGGCAGGGUGCAACUAGCAAGUACCUGAUUGGAUGGAAAAAACCUGAAGGGACAAUAAACUCUGUGGGGUUUAUGGAUUCAAGAAAGCGUCACCAGAGUGAUGGCAGUGAAAUGGCACAUCCUAGAUUGCGUGCCUCAGCCAGAGAUCUUCGAGCCUCACCGAAGCGAUCUUCUAAAUCAAAUAUUGAAGAAGAGUUGAAGAAGCUGAUAGAUCUUGACAGUCCAACACCAGAAUCUCAGAAAAACUUCAAGUCUCCAUUUCCUAGCACUCCUACCUCAAGGCGUGCCUUGCAUAGGACUCUGUCAGAUGAGAGUAUUUACAGUAGUCAGAGGGAUCACUUCUUCCCUUCACGAGCUUCUCUUCUGGACCAAGCCCUUCCAAAUGAUGUCCUUUUCACCAGCACAUAUCCUUCUCUUCCUAAGUCCUUACCCUUAAGGAGGCCAUCAUACACAUUAGGAAUGAAAUCUUUACAUGGAGAGUUCUCUGCCUCUGACAGCUCCCUCACAGAUAUGCAAGAGCAGAGGAGGCAGCCCAUGCCAGACCCAGGUCUUAUGCCCCUGCCCGAUUCGGCUUCUGACUUAGACUGGUCAAACUUGGUAGAUGCUGCCAAAGCCUUUGAGGUCCAGCGAGCCACAUAUUUUACAACUGGUGACGAAAACCACAGACCUGUCAGUGUUGCUUCUCAUAAUGAUCAUGGCGACGACCAGCUUUCUGCACAGAUGAAGCCUUACACUGGAAAAGAGUCGCCUCCUCUUGCUUCUAAAGUGAGCCAGCUGGAAAGUAUGCUGAGAAUGCUGCAGGAAGAUUUAAAGAAGGAAAAAGAAGACAAAGCCAACCUUCAAGCCGAAGUGCAGCAUUUGCGUGAAGACAAUUUACGGUUGCAAGAAGAAUCCCAGAAUGCCUCUGAGAAACUGAAGAAAUUUACUGAAUGGGUUUUCAACACAAUUGAUAUGAACUGAGAAUAGCACACAUGAAACAAAUACAUUGGCAAAAAAUAAGUAAAAUCUCUGUAGUGGGACUGAAGCUUUAAUACCGCCCUAACCAUGACCUUUAAAAGCCUAGUCAGAGUGCUUUCACAUGUUUCAUACUCUGAUUACCUGUUGUUUUUUUUUUUGCAUCUCUGCAAACACCCAGAUUAAGAAUCAUUGUCUGCCUUUUGUAGAAAAGAAGCAAAAAAGUGAUUUUAAAGAAAAUAAAAAAUUAACUGCUAAAAUGUGAAUGUCUUUAUUUUUUUGCACAUUUAACUUUUCUGUACAAAAUGACAUGAAGAGUGGACCAGAAUAACUGUCCAUCUGCCUCUAUUUAUUUCUCUUCACGACUUUGUAUCAGUUUCAGAUUAAUCUGCUUUAUUCUUGCUGCUUUAACAAAUAUUAGAAGUUCUAGAAAACUAGAAAGAUGUUUAUUUUGCUGCUUCCUUUCUGUUGUUUCACAUGAACUAGAGGAUGUUUUGAGUGCCUCAUUAAUGAUUUGCACUUCAUCAUCUGUAGUGCUCCCCCCCCCCUUCUUUUGUAUGGAACCAUUGCUCAUUGAGUGAGUUUGUGUACAGUCUAGAUAGCAGAAACUAGAUAUGGCAAGUUAUCUGAUUCCAUUUUUACAGAUCUUUCUGGAAUAGUACUUGUUCAUGGAGGUGAAAGAGCUUCCAGCUGCUUAAAGUACAAACAGCAUUAAUUCGUUAUGUUCAAUGGACAUCUUUUCAUAGGUUGCUUGGGAGAAGGGAAUAAUGAGUGCAGUUUUCAGAAUGACAUCUUCCUAGUUUGGGACCUUUGUCUUUCCAGUUCCUUUUUAAGUGCAUAUUACAUUUGAACUUUCCUAAACACUGAGAGCCCCAGUCCCUAUAUCUAUCUGUAACUCUAAAUCUAUUACGACACUAAACUUAAUUAAAGAAGUAAGCUAUUUGGUUUUGUCUGUCUACCAGAAAGUUUCUUCUGACACCUGCCUGUUGCUUAUAUCUCAGGCACAUUGCACUGUCUUCCCCUAGCAACACAGAACUAGGCAUCCUAUUACUGACCUAUACAGGCAUAAGGCAACAUGUCUUUCCAUAUGACUUCUUUAGCUGUUGCAGAAGAUGGUAUCCUCUUUCUCCACUUUGAUCAAAGCCUCACGUUCUCACUGUUUAGUUGCUAGAGACCCUCUUCCCCAACCAAGUUAUUGGCUGUUGGAGGCCAGGGAGAAUCAACAUUUGGUUAUUUCCCCUGAACCAGACACAGCAUGAUCUCUGUUGACCUUCCUUGCCCACUGAUUCAACCAUCCAUGGCCUGAAAAUAUUCCCUCCAAAAUUCCAAACCAUGAUUCUGCCAUUUUAAAUAAAUUUUGCUAUGCCAUUGUAUAUAACGGGUCGUGAGCAUCCAAAGAAUUUGGUACUUUGGGGGGUGGUCCUGGAACCAAGCCCCAGAGGUACAUCGCCUGCCAAAUCCCCCAAAGGGCCUUGGCAUAUCUUACUGGAUAACAUAACCAGGCUGUGUCUAAUGGGACAUAACCAUAUGUUUCUCUAAAUGGCUCCAAAUGUCUGGAGGAGGCUGCAGCAAUUAUAAAAUGAAUCUAGUGAGAUGUAACAUAAUUCCACCUGCAGAACCUUUACACUAUGCUCUGCCAUUCCCUGCCCAAUUCUAAUGCACACACCCAGCACAGCAGAACAACGCAAGCUUCCUUCUAGGUACUUUGCCUAAAAAAGACCAUCAAUUACUAGUUGCCUUUUCACUAAUUGCAAUAUUGAGGAUCCAUUAACGACAAUGUGGCAGAUACAGGCUGCAGCUUACAAAUUGCAUAAUACUAUAAGGAUGCACACAGUGAUGAUAUCUGUGCCUGAAUACUAGCGACUUCUGUGACAUUCCAAUUUUAUAACAUCGUGCAAUGUUGUGGUUUAAAUAAGAUAUAUUGUUCUUGCUCCUGUAUUCUUUUUGUUUGUUUUUUUUAGGGCCCUUCUUAUCAGUAAGAAGUUAGAGGGGCAGUUACUUAAUGAGCGCAGUAUGAGCCCCAGAUUCACAGAAUUGAUGUAUACGGUUUCAUCAAUUAUUCACUUAGGGUCUUCUGUACAAGCUACACCCUCUUCUUGGUACCUCUGUUGUUCAUGCAGUUGAAAAUAAUAGGCUGUGCUGUUAUCCAUGGUUUCACGUAUCUAUGUGAGCUUCAGGAAUAUAUCCCCCACAGAUAGGGGGGGGGGGCUGUACUGUAAACUUUUCAUACCUUUGCUUUAAGUGCCCCAGGUGAAAAGACAAUUAAAAUGAACUAAGGCAUCUCUUUAUUUAUAGACUCCAGGAAAGAACCUGUUCUCUGGGUUGUUGUAGGUUUUUCGGGUAGUGAAGUCCUCACAACCUCUGAGGAUGCCUGCCAUAGAUGCAGGCAAAACGUCAGGAGAGAAUGCUUCUAGAACAUGGCCACAGCCCGAAAAACCUACAACAACCCAGUGAUUCCGGCCAUGUAGGCCUUUGACGGUACAUUGACCUGUUCCUUUGUUCUUGAUGUGUGGAUUUUCCAGUAAAACUGGCUUUCAUGACAUGUCUGUGUGCUGGGAAGAUAACUUACCACGAAAUGUCACAUCUUCAGGAAUAAACUCUUAAUAUGGGGUUGGGGAAAACGUCUGUGUGCUGCAGCUUGCCUAAGCUUUGUUUCAAGUGGCAUGAUGUGAACCUAGUUCAUAAGCUCCGCUGCAUGCAUCCAUGAUAGUCUUCCCUAAACAUUCCCAGAUCCAACAGUAAUUGUCUUACGUCUGUCCAUUUCACAAACCUUCCUUUGUUCUCUGUGCUUCAGCCAUCUUUCAUUAUUGAAAAUCUUCUUAACCUCAGCCAUCCAGUCGUCUUCCCCUUCAUUGAUAUGCAUUCACUUAAUUCUUAAUAACUGUAUGAAUCCACAAGGUUUGCUUUGACCUAAAAUUUCAUUUGUGUUGACAAUGUAAUUGGGAUGCGUUUCUAAUAUUUCGUCAUGAAAGGGGAUCGGUUUGAAAGUAUUUUUGGAAUGAUUUUACAGAAAGCUAGAAUGUCUUAAGAGUUUUCUUUUUCCAGUAACUUGUAUGAAGGAGAACUAUAUCAUGCCUGAUGUAAUUUGUAAAUGGGAAAUAUUGCUAACAUCUCUAAGCAUCUUGACUUAUUUUUUCUCUCUUUCUUUAGUUUUUUUUUUAAAAAAAAAACAUGUUGGGACUUUGGGCAGACUAUUUAUUAGAGUUUUGCAACAGAGUUCUUGUAUGAAGCCUCUGAAAGGCUACUUGUAAAAAAAACUGACAAUAAAAUUCAUUUUAAAGGCUCUUCUAGAAAGAA